UACACCAAGAUGGCUUUUCUGUGCCCAGUGAGAAUCCGUCGGAACAAGAAAAAGAAAGGGGCAGGCGGGUAUGUCUCAGAGGGGGAGGAGAAGGUGGUGCGCGCACCAGGACUCGGUCGCAUCACUGGCUCUGCUUCCAUAGAGACGCUGGUGCGAGUUGGCUUGGAGAAGGAGGCGGGACUCUCACCGGACAGUAAGAUGGUCGUCCUCCAUGAUUUUACCCCCUGUGUUGACGAUGAGCUGGAAGUGAAGAGAGGGAGCGUAGUGAAUGUCCUUUAUCAAGAGAACGAUUGGGUAUAUGUUAUAGCAGAGCAUGGGCAGCAAGAAGGCUUUAUACCUCAUUCAUAUUGUGCUCCGUAUGGCUCUCAGCUUGGGGAGCUCACAAUGAAUCACAAGAAAAAAAUGCCGCGCGACCACAGUUCUAUAGAAGGUGGUGGGGGAGGGGUAGAUACAGACCAUAAUACAACUAUAGGUACUAUAAACUCAGGGGGAACAGAUAAUCCAGGACUAGUCGGUUCAGAUAAUGAGAGUUAUGGGGGAAAGCUGAUUGGAGGACCACCAAACAGAGCGUCAGAUUCCUCAAUUCAGAGUGGGUCGGCUACUCCAGAUAUUCAUCCUUUCUUUAAGAGUGCUACUUUGAUGCGGGAUAUUCACCCAUUCCUUAAGGACCCUGCAGGCAGAUACAUAGUCCUGUACACCUUCAUCGCACGUGACGAAAAUGAUGUGAGCGUAGAGAGAGGAGAAUUUGUGACAGUCCUCAAUCGUGAAGAUCCUGAUUGGUAUUGGGUCUUGAGAUCAGAUGGCCAGGAAGGAUUUGUACCCUCAGGGUUUGUGUACCCAGCAGAUGUUAUACAAGACCACCUGGAGCAGGGUGGGGGUACUACAGGUGGCGGAGGUGGCGGUGUGAUGGGGGGCACAUUACACGCUGGGCUUGGAACGGUAGGAGGGCACCAGGUGGGCUAUGGGGCUUCGCAACAUCACAUUAACCCCGGGAACAGCGACGACCUCCGCUUCCACGGAUCGGAGCUGGUUAUGCUGUAUGACUAUAAGCAAGUAGUGCUACAAUUUGGUGCUGUUUUUGUUGUAUCCAUUUCUGACAGUUUUGCAUGUGGAUCUCAGUGGUGCAAUGCACUAGUGGGCAUAGGUAAGGCAAGAGUUUUGGAGGGGUACCAGGUGAUAUCCUUAGUGCAUAUGUGGGUCAUGUGGUAUGUCACUAUUCUCUUCAGGAAGACUGGUUCUCUGUAA